AUGACUUCAUGUGAUGCUCAGGAAGCUGGGCGGAAAUUGAUUGCUGCAGCUCGCGAUGGCAAGGUCCGUGACUGCAAGGAGCUCAUGAAACUUCUCCCGUCUCUUGAUUUUGCAGAGCCCCCAUAUUUUCGUACCGCGCUGUGGCAUGCCGCUUGUCGUGGCCACGAGGAGGUUGCCCGCCUUCUGUUGGAUCACGGAGCCAGCGCUAACCACCAGGAUAUUCGCGGCUCAACAGCUCUACACGAAGCCUCUGUUCAUGGGCAUCGGCAGAUUACCGAGCUUCUCAUUGAACGAGGAGCAAGCGUUGACGUUCCCGACUGUGUGAUUCAUGAGUCAUGUGCGUGCUAUUCAAACGGUGAAAAUCAGGUGGGACUGACCUGCUACCACGUUGCAGCCUAUGCAGCCUCUCCUGGGCUCGCUUCGUUUCUGCUCUACAGAGGCGUAUAUGCCAACAGAUUCAGUACUCAGCAGCAUAGCAAGCAUCUUGAGGCUAUGCAAAAGCGUUUGGAGCAGCACACAGCCACCAGCGUGAGCACGGAAAAGGCCGUGCAACCAAACGAAGCAAGCGAAGAAGGUACCUGUGCCGUCAGCAGCCCCCACAGUACUUCAGGAGUUGGGUGUGUCAUUGAAUUUAAUGAAUCCUACAAUUCACAACAAGGUCCAAUGCAUGGCGAUCAAGAGAGCGCCGCCUCGAAGCUUGACGAAAGCAUGUUAAUGGGUGUAUGA